GGACAGUCUGAGGGACCAUUCCUGCCUGACCGAUAGCGAGAGAUAGCAAAGGAGCAGAUACUGUCGGCACGACAGCAUGGCAAGAGGGUCGUCGUUACUUCGCCUCGUUGGCUGGGCGGUCGGCGUGGCGGCCGUGGUGGUGGUGUUCUACAAGAGGCGGGAAAAGGGCGCAGCAGAAGACGAGUCUCGCUCAGUCGCCGAGAUGGCGGUGCCAGCGACGAGUGUGGUGGUGCUCGACCGAGGCAACAACACCACUUGUACCGUCAAUUUACACGGUGCAACAGUGGUAUCAUGGCGUGUGAACAACCAGGAACAACUUUUUGUGAGCAAGCAAGCAAUAUUUGAUGGGAAACGCGCCAUCCGAGGAGGAAUCCCAAUUGUUUUCCCCCAGUUUGGAGCAUGGAGCACAGGCCCCCAGCAUGGGUUUGCCCGCAUUUCUCGCUGGGAAUUAAAAAAACCUCCUGAACGUUUACCCACUGGCGAUGUGGAGGCAAUUUUCCAGCUUCUUGACAAUGAGUUUACUCGUUCCAUGUGGAAUUAUCCGUUCAGUCUAACAUACCGGCUGAUCCUACGUGAGAAGGAACUCCACUUCAACAUCUCAGUGUACAAUCCAGGAGCAGAGACAUUGUCCUUCACCCUUUUGUUACAUACCUACUUCAAGGUCCCUGAUGUACGACGUUGUCAGAUAACUGGCAUGAGGGGAUGUACCUACAUUGAUAAGACACGGGAGGGAGCUCUGUACCAAGAACACCGAGAUGUAGUAACUAUUAAUGAGUGGACAGAUCGUAUAUAUCAGAACACUCCCCUAGAGCACAUCAUUACUAAUGUUGUCAGUGGUCGAAAAAUGAGAAUACAGAAGUACAACUUGGUUGAUACUGUGGUGUGGAAUCCCUGGGUGGAGAAGGCCAAAGAAAUCCCAGACUUUGGGGAAGAAGAGUUCCCAAACUUAGUGUGUGUGGAAGCAGGUCAUGUCUCAGCACCUGUUAUCCUUCCGCCUGGCACGGUGUUUGAAGCCAGUCAGAUCUUGCAGGUCAUGUAGACUGCAAGAGUGGAAGGUGCUUGCAAGAUAGUAGUUUUUGGAAGGAGAUACUAAGUAUAUGUAGAGUUAAAGGGAGUAAUGAGGAACCUGUUGGUGCAGGUGGCUACUAGCAAGCACUGAUCUUUUGUGUUCUGCACAGAAGUGAUGCAUGAUAUUACAGCUAGUUGACCGAAAAUGCCAGCAUGGUAUCUUUGACAGGAGUAAGUUUGCAUUUUUUUUUAGAGUACGAAUUAGGGUUGUGAAGGUUUAAUGUUAUUUAGAGGCCUUUUCCCUUUUCUUUGUGAAUAAUGCUUUACAUGGCCUCUCCUUUAAUCAUGUCAUAUAGUAGGAAGAAACAUGGUGUAUAUUAUGUUUGCAUUUAUUUUGACUGAUAAGCACAAUAUUGCUCUUAAUUUAAUGAAGAUCAAGUAACUGACUAGACACAUAUGACAAGUCUUGUAUAUGAGUUGUAAGUCUUGAUGUCAAAACAGGAUAUGCUGUUGACUUACAAUCUCCACAUGGAAAUAUCUCAUGGUGCUAUGAGUUUCAUAGGAAAUGGAAUUAAAAAAAAAAAAUUCUUUAUAUUUAUAAUGCACAUCAUUACAUCAAUCAGCCAGGAAGAAUAAUUUUAAGAAUAAGAUCUCUAAUGUAUCAAUCCCUAUGAAUAUGUAAGUACAUCGCAGAAAAAAUUUACGGUGUGAAGUAAUUAUAUAAGUGUUUGAUCUCACCUAUAGUGUUAAGAUGUUAAGCACAAAAGUUAUAAAACUGCGUCCAAAAUGUAACACGUGACCUGGUUAUCCACAGCAUUUAUUAAGGUUGUGUCACUAUUUUCAUUAUAUUUGUAUCCCAGUUGCAAAAAACCAAAGUCUGAAGAAUCAUGAAUUAAGACAGGGUGAUUUAACUAUUAAUAAUAUUUGUAUUUUGUAUGUUUGUUGUAGAGGAAUCGCUACUAAUCUAGAUAUGGUAUUGUAGUAUGGAUUUGCUUUUGCGCAAUUCUGUGAUGGUGCAUAAUAAUAAAAAAAAAGAGUGCUAAUGGGUUGCUAACUGUUGUGGAGUAGAAGACGUUUAGGAGGUUUGUAGUUGACAUUUUAAGCUUUCUAAUAUUGUUAAAUACCCAGACCUGGGUAGCAUGUGGCUUUCCUACUCUAGUUUCUGCAGAUGACUUCUGCCAAAAAACUAUUUUUAGUGUGACAUUUAAAAGAAAAGGAAGUUUUUAUAUAAGAACAUUUGGUGACCAUUAGGCUGGCCCAGAUUAUGAUUUCAUGACAUCAUAUUCAUGCAGAUUAUAGCUUUUUAGUCAAAUUAUCAUGACGCAUCUUCACAAUACUCUCUAGAAUAGGACCACCUAAGGAUGCACAUUAAAAUAUUACAAACAGGUAUAAGUAAAAUUUUAAGUUUGGUUAAAAAUAAUUGUUUAGGUUUCACUAAUCUAUUUAUUUUAAAAGUCAUUAAAAGAGCCCUUAUUUUAUAUAAUUUAAUUAUUUAGUGUAAUGAGUCAUCUUUCCACUUAACCUGCAAGUAAUUAUCACAGCAAGGGAGUGUACUCUCUGAGCAUUGUACUCCUCAAUUGUUCUCUGCCCAAAAUGUUCUUUAGGGAAGAAUGUUUAUAUUUAAUCCCUUUUCGUAGACAUGAAUGUUCCUGCUCUUGUAAUUACUGCUUGAAGCCAGAUAACAGUUGAAAGGGUACAGUCCGUAAGAUUAAGUUGGAAUUUGGUUAGAAUGAAAAGCUCUAGAAUAUCUUAUCGAGAGUAAAUAAUAGUAGGAGAGAGAGGUCACAGACCUUUGGCAUUAUUAUUAAUAUUCUUGUGCAUUCCUGCUUCAUUUCAUUCAUUUUGAGAGAUGUCUUUUAUUGUGAACUGAUUAAGUAAACAAAAGUUUUGAGUUGAUGAAAUUCUUUGUGAAAUGUAAUUGACAAUGUAUUUAUCUUUUGUUAAUCACUCAUAUAUCAAAUAAAAUUAUGUCUAGAGUACUUUGUUUAUAUAUGUGGUCUUUCACAAAGGUGACUUGCUAGAUAAUGAAAACUUUUUCUUUUUUCUUUUUUCCUUCCAUUUCAUUCCGUAAAAGGGUCAUUAAUUAGUACUUUUUAUGCAUGACACCUUAUUUACAUACUUACAGAUUUGCAGUUUAAAAUUACAUGAGUGUGGACUUCUGUUAUUCUUUCAGAUUUUCAAGGACACUUUAGUGACCUUACACAGAGUAACAAGGUGAAUAAGUUUCUUUUAUGUCAAGUGUUUGCUUAUCCGGUAUGACUCUUUACUUGUCUCUUUCACUAGCUAUAACUUCUCCCCCCUUCCUUCAUAAGCUAAAGCUGUUUUGUUUUGCCUUCAUUUCUCAUAGAAUAUAGUACUUUUACCUCUCCUGUUAAAAUCCAUUGUUGUGGUUGUUAAGAAGGUGAUGUUACUGUCAAGAGCAGCUCGUAGCAUUAUUACGUUGAUGUAUUAAUGUGAAUAUUUUUCAAGAUGAGUAAUACAUGUAUCUUCUUAUAGGUUGUUAUAUGGAGGUUGUUGUACUGUUAUUAAUUAGACUAAUAAUGUCAGACUUAAUUUUUUGUUAUACAACAUUUGGUGAAAGACAUGGUUGUUACAUUCACAUAUGUUUGUUUUUUACUCUAGAAUGUUUCCAGUGUUGAUUUAAACCAAGACACAAGACCCCUCACUAAUACAGGUGACUCUCAAGAUGAAAGGAAAUACAUAUAUGAAAAGUAGUGUAGUAUUAGGAUUUAACUAAGCUUGUAUAUGGACAAUGCUGGCCCACCCUUUCUGUUUAGGUGGGGGAGCUUUGUUUCCAACACCAGCCGAAUUGCCUAGUGUAAGGAAAUUUGUAAUUUUUGUUUGUUUUAAUUUUUGUUGCAUAGCACAUCGAGAUGAGUUGUCGAGGGCCAGGAUCUUUUCCUUUUUUUUUCUUCAUUUUGUUGGUAAUUUUUUUCUUAUUGUUGAUUUCACAUGAUUUAUAAUAUAGACAUAAGAUUUUAGCUAAGUGCAUGGUAGCCUUACAGAGCCUCACAUUUUAUCUUACCUUUUCACCAGCAGAAAUUUUGAAAACAGCACAUGCACAUUAUGUUCAUUAAAUAAAUAACAACCAUAAAGUUAUUUUAUUAGGAAACAUUAAUCAAAACCUGUUUCAAUAAGCUGAGGUUAUAGAUGAAGAUAUAGAGGGGAAAAGGGCUACCAGUGCCUUUGUUUGGGAAGUAUCACAUCCAAAUGCUCAUUUCUGACAACUCUCUCAUUUUACCAUGACAUGUGAACCAAAUAUUGACCUGUACUACAAAUAUUUUUUUUUGUUUAAAGAAUGGAUUUUUUAAAAAUAUUUUUUAAGUGUGAAAUAUGUUAAAAGUGCAGAAUGUUA